AUGGCUUCAGAUAGUGGUGACCAUAUUACACAAUUCGAAGAGCAUUCAUCGACAUUCCUUGUAGUUGGCGGUGGGAUCGCAGGUGUAACCUGUGCGGAAACAUUAGCAAUUUACCACCCAGAAGAGAAGAUAACUUUAAUAACAGAAUCGAGCGUUAUAAAAACUAUCGCCAAUUUAGAACCCGUUGCAAGAUAUGUUUAUAAAUUUGACGUGAAAGAACAAUCGUUGAACGAUAGCCUUCCACCUGCAAUUCUAACCAUUGUUGACCGACUUAAAACUAUAGAGGCAUUGGAUCAUUUCGUUCUCACGGAGAAUGGUCGACGUAUCUAUUAUAAAUAUAUGUGUCUCUGUACUGGUGCUACUCCUAAUCUAAUUCUUGGUAACAAUCCUCGAGUUAUUGGAAUCCGUGACACCGACUCAGUUCUAACACUGCAGGAAUUUUUAAAACAUGCUAAAAAAGUUACUUUGCUGGGUAAUGGUGGUAUAGCAAGCGAACUUGCAUAUGAGUUGCAUGGAAUUGAGGUACAUUGGGUGGUCAAAGACAAUCAUAUUGCGUCAACCUUUGUGGAUCCAGGUGCAGCUCAUUUCUUUCAAGAAUCAAUACACCUCAAGAAACCAGAUGGUAGUAAUGCAGACAAAGCGAAUUCACAAUCCACUUCAAUUGUUAAACGUCUUAGAUACAAAGAAAUACAAUCAAAAGAACUAUGUAAAGAAAACAACAAAAUUCGUGGUGCGGCUUUGGGACCCGAUUGGCACAGGAAUUUCACAUUAACUGGUAAUGCAUCAUCUACAACUGAUUCACCGAUUAUACAUUACAAAACACAUAUUAAGGAAAUAGUAGAAAAAAAUAAAAAAAUAUUUAUUACGCUCAACAAUGAUGAACGUAUUGAAUGUGAUUUCCUUAUAUCCGCAACCGGUGUCGAACCCCAUCAUAAUUAUUCUUGCUCGAUUCCUUUUUCUAUGGGAACCGACGGUGGAAUCGCCGUUAAUGACAUGAUGGAAACAAAUGUUUUAGAUAUUUAUGCUGCUGGCGAUGUUUGUACCGCUAUGUGGGAACAUGGUGAACACUGGUUUCAAAUGCGAUUGUGGACACAAGCUCGCCAAAUGGGUUGUAUGGCCGGACGCAGUAUGGACGCAAAAUUAACAAAUGAAGUGAUUUAUCAAGACUUCUGCUUUGAACUUUUUGGACACGUUACUCAGCUAUUUGGUUAUCCUGUUGUUCUUCUCGGGCGAUACAAUGGACAAGGUCUAGGAACCGAUUACGAGUUACUGAUUCGAAGUACUGCUGGUAAGGAGUAUAUAAAAUUUGUACUUCAAAAUGGCCGUUUACGAGGUGCAAUAUUGAUUGGGAACACAGAACUUGCUGAGACCUGCGAAAACCUAAUAUUAAACAAAAUUGAUCUUACACCAUAUGGAGAUGACAUUCUCAAUCCGGAUAUCGAUAUUGAAGAUUACUUUGAUUAAAAGUCAUUGCUAUUAAAAUAUUUUGUUUCUAUUCAUACUAGUGUACAUAAAUUGAAAAUAAAAUAAUAUUACAUGAAAACCACUGUUCA